AUGAACGUUGGGGACGAUGAUGAUGCCGUCAACAAACCCCAAAGACUACGACAUCAACGCCACCCGAUCACCCAAAAACAGUCGUCACCAUCAAAGCCAUGUGGCCAUCGCCAUCAUCUUCGUCGUCGUGUUGUUGAUCUCCACUGCGAAUUGGCUCUCUCGUCUUCUCUGGCGCCCCUUAGCCCUUCCCUGCCCCUCAAACCCUCACUCAAUCCCUUGGAAGAGAAGCUCCCCGAAAACAACGUCGAUCUUUCCUUGCCACCGAUCAUGAUUUUCCGAGGACAUAUCACGAUUUCAUUUGAGGUUGGGGUAGGCUUGGUUGGCUUGGGUGGUGGUUGGGUUACAAGAGGUGGUUGCUGGGGACUUUCGGUGGGUGUUGGUGUUGAGGAUAAGGGAAAAUAG